UGAGACGCUGUGCAGAGGUCCGCUCGGCUAAGCUCUCCUUUAAAAUUGCUAUCUUCCAGACAGCUGAGACUUUGCAGAAAAGCCUCAAAGAUCACAAUUGUUGGAAACUGAAGUUUAAGAAACUCGUCUGAAUCAUGGGGAACAUUUUUGGGAAUUUGCUGAAGAGCCUCAUAGGAAAGAAGGAGAUGCGGAUCUUGAUGGUUGGUCUCGACGCCGCAGGAAAAACUACAAUCCUCUAUAAACUCAAACUGGGGGAAAUAGUCACCACGAUCCCUACAAUUGGGUUUAACGUUGAGACAGUGGAGUACAAGAACAUCAGCUUUACUGUGUGGGAUGUGGGCGGGCAGGACAAGAUCCGUCCCCUCUGGAGACACUACUUUCAAAACACACAGGGUCUCAUCUUUGUGGUGGACAGCAAUGACAGAGAGCGCGUGAACGAGGCCCGGGAGGAGCUGAUGAGGAUGCUGGCUGAGGACGAGCUGAGAGAUGCUGUGCUUCUUGUGUUCGCUAAUAAACAGGAUUUACCGAACGCUAUGAACGCUGCCGAGAUCACAGACAAGCUGGGCUUACACUCUCUGCGUCAUCGCAACUGGUACAUCCAGGCCACCUGUGCCACCAGCGGCGACGGCCUCUAUGAGGGCCUUGAUUGGCUGGCCAAUCAACUCAAGAACAAGAAAUAAGAAGAAAAC